UUGUGUUUGGUACCAUUCCAGUGACUCCAUUCCAUCCAUUACAAUGAGCACAUCCUCCUAUGGCUCCUCUCACCAGCUCGAAUUUGAGGCACUGGUAGGCCUCAAGUCUAAAAUCAAGGUUAAGUCAACAAGUGGAGCCAGAGCCCCUGCCAAGCCUGCUGCAGCGACGGUGGAACCAGUGGAGCCACAGCCGGUUGUGGAAGUACAGAAUGUAGACUUCUCAAAGAUGGCCACUCUGGAGGCCUCUGCCACACUAGAACCACCACCACCUGCACCGGAGGAAGAGAAGACACCUGCUGCCCCCAAAGCCUCUCCUUUCACUUCCUUUUCUCUUUUCAAGACCAAGCCAGCUGUGCCGAAAAAGGAAGUCCCUGCCCCAGCUGCAGAAGCGGUAGCUGGCCCAAGUGUAGCCAAGGAUGAACCAAAGGUCCCAGAGGACCCUGCUGUGGACAGCAAGCCCGUGUCAGGGCCCUCCGAGGUUAUGGAGAAUUCCCCCGUCCUCCCUAAGAGACUGGAGAAGAGGAACUCCAUCCACUUGUUCUUCAAAAACCUGGGCAAACGCCAGUCAGAUGCAGGAGUACAAACAGAACCAGAGAAGACCAAAUAAAACGGAAACACCCUUUCAAACUUCACAUGCCAUAUCUGGAAAUGAACUUUUGAUUUGUUAGAUACAUUAUGUUUCUGAUCACACUAUUGAAGGGAUGAUGGUAAGAGCAAGUGGUUUGAGGGAGAGAGGUGGACUGGUCUGUUCUAGUCUAAUCUGUGUGGAUGAUUUCAGAGAAUUGUUCUUUGUGGAGGAGGUAAAAUAUAUUUUCUGGUUUAAAGGCUUGAUAGGUAGAGAAAAGUGUUUUUUUUUACCUAUACU